AUGAUGCGCAGUCCUACUAAGCUUGAUUCCCACUUUGGCUCCGCUCCCAACCUCAAUAUGGAAAACGAGAAUACUACCCCAAACGCUAGUAAUAUUACCCAAAGACUAAAAAGAAAAAGAUGCGAUUGCGGUGGCCAGUUUACUGAGGAGUCCAAGAUUGAUAAAUUCAUAAAUACGAUUUCUUUAUGGCGGCAAGAAACUGACUCGAAGCUAUCCGAUAUAAAAACCUCUAUGCAUGAUCUCUUACGUCAAAACUCGGAAAUAUUAGCAUCGCAAAGCGAAACGGAAAAAUCCAUCGAGUUUUUGUCUCAAAAGUACGACGAUCUCCUCCAGCAGCUUAGCUCGCAACAAUCACAAGCUCAGGCAAGCCUCGAGCGUGUAGUUAAACUGGAGGCGACUACGGAGGAGAUAGAUCGCCGCUCUCGAUCGAGUACUCUGGAGCUGCGCAAUAUCCGACUGCCAAAUAAAACUUUCUCAAUGGAUGAUCUGCUAAUCGCGGUCACAUGCAUUUUUAAAGAGCUAGCUGUAAAUGUGACCACGUCGGAUAUCUAUGAUAUCUAUCGGCUACCACCCAAGUCGGACAGCGCCACUAUUGUUUGUAAGCUGAAUUCGGUUCUUCUGAAAGCCAAAAUCCUGCAAGCAUUCAAGGACUACAAUAAGCGCAACGCCAACAAUAGACUGAACUCGACCGUCGUAGGUGGCUCGCAGCACCCAGUCUACAUUGGCGAGCACCUGACGGCGCAAGCCCGUCGGCUCUUCUACUUAGCUCGCGAGUUCGCUAAAGCGGAAAGCUACAAAUAUUGUUGGACCUCGGGCGGCCGCGUGCUGCUGAGGAAAGCGGACAACGCCAAGCUGGUCAUCGUGGCUUCUGAGAGCCAGCUUUCCGGGCUACAUUCAAAAAACUAG